GAUUUUCGCGAAAGUCAACAUUAUAGCCAGCUGCUUAUUGUGACGAAAAAACGGUACCAAAAUGCAAAGAACUAGAAGUUAAACUUAAAUAAAUGAAAAAAUGUGUUGAGCGCUCAAAAUAUUAAAUAUCACGAUAGCACGGGCACUACCAAGAUGCGGAAAAUGUUGCCCAUAAUGCGUCCGGUACAUUGGCUGAUAGUUGCCGUUAUAUGCAUUGUCGCCUGUUAUUGGUUGUUGGAGAUUCGAUUGGAACACGCCUUUAAGCCGCUAACUAAGCUCGCCAACAGAGACCAAAACAACAGCCCUCAUUCAGAACAAAUGACUGUGGAUCAUGUUGCCCCCACUUUGGAUAAUUUUGGCUAUGAGGAACAAUUGGUGGUGCUUUACAAUCGUGUCCCAAAGACUGGCUCAACAAGUUUCGUUAACAUUGCUUACGAUCUGUGCAAAUUGAACAGAUAUCAUGUCUUGCAUAUUAAUGUCACAUCCAAUAUGCACGUCCUAUCUCUGCCAAAUCAGAUUUCCUUUGUGCGAAAUGUGACAAAAUGGCAUGAAAUGAAGCCGGCUCUAUAUCAUGGGCAUAUGGCAUUUCUUGACUUUUCCAAAUUUCAAAUCGCACAUAAACCAAUCUACAUAAAUUUGGUGCGUAAGCCGCUAGAUAGGCUUGUUUCUUAUUAUUAUUUUUUGCGCUAUGGAGAUAACUAUAGACCUAAUCUAGUUCGCAAAAAGGCGGGCAAUAAAAUCACCUUUGAUGAUUGUGUGGUUCAAAAGCAACCCGAUUGUGAUCCCAGAAAUAUGUGGAUGCAAAUACCAUUCUUUUGCGGACACGCUGCCGAAUGCUGGGAGCCUGGUAGUGAUUGGGCCUUGAAGCAGGCCAAACGUAAUUUGGUCAAUGAAUAUUUUCUAGUCGGUGUCACAGAGCAAAUGUACGAAUUUGUGGAUCUACUUGAGAGAUCGCUACCCAGAAUUUUCCUAGGCUUUCGUGAGCACUAUCAAAACUCCAAUAAAUCUCAUUUACGCGUAACCUCAUCAAAGAUACCGCCCAGUGAAGCUACCAUACAAACCAUACAGAGAUCCAAGAUCUGGCAAAUGGAAAAUGAAUUGUAUGAAUUUGCCCUUGAACAAUUUGAGUUUACAAAGAAGAAACUAAUGCAGCCCGAUAAUAAGCAUUUGCAGCAGUUUAUGUAUGAGAAGAUAAGACCAAAAUGAUUGCGUUCGAAAUGCAGGGGUAACAAAUGCAAAAAGCGAAUCAAAAGCAGACAAUGACAGAUCAGGUUCAGACUUAAGUAUAAUAAUGCCAGUUAAUUUAAGGUAUAUUGAUUUGAAUAGCUCCUCUAGAUAUGAUCUGUACUUAAAACGCAUCAAGCGUACUAUUCUUAAAAGACACAAAAGACUUUAGCAUUGAAUAUCGUUGACAUAUUAAUGUUUCCUUUUUUUGUAUAAUAGUAUAAGACAUUAUUGUAUAACACUUAAAAAAUCGCUUUCUUAGAUGUAUGUAAGCAAUAUCUAGUAACAAUUGUAAUAACUAAAUGAAGCACAAUUAUUGAUUCGUCUA